CACCUUGCUAAAAGAAAAAGAAGAAACAGCAACAAAGAAAGAUUUCAAGAUGACUUGGCCUCCAUGCAUUAGUUGUACCGGUUCUGGAGCCGCAAGGAAGAGUUGGCCACAACUUGUUGGAAAGCCGGGUGCAGUAGCAAAAGCAACUAUUGAGAGAGACCUGCCAGGAGUGACUGCGGUUAUCAUACCUAUGGGUAACAUUAGGGAUCUCAAUUAUUGUUGCAACCGUGUUUGGGUUAACGUUAAAAACGACCCUCAACAAACCGUUGCUACUGUUCCCAGAGUCGGAUAGAUGACAAAUGUAGUCGUGAAGAAGAAUAAGAUUUAUAGGCACGUUUUCUAUAACUUUGUAACGGUGCUUCCACUAUUUUGUUCAAGUGAAUGGAAUAA